UUUCUGAGUUUGUUCGUUUUCCGUUCUGCCUCGAGGUCGUCUCGAACCCGCACUCUCACUCGUUGACGCACCCUUACACACACACACACACAUACAUACGCAGCAAAGCAUGUUUGCCUUGUCACAGACGGUGGCGCAGAACGGCUUGAUACCGUUUGGCAGCACGGCUGUGCCAUACAUUGCAUGUGCUGAGAUUACAUUGCAGCAAUCAGGAGCAGUAUCACCGUCACCAUUGGGGCCAUACAGUCACCCGUCCAAGCGAUCGCAGUCGCAUACAUCGGUGAGCACUGCAGCGCGGCCAGAGCAGCACCCCGACGACGACGACGACGACGACGACGACGACGACAACGACAACGACGGCAGCGGCAAGGACGCUUUGACAGGUCGCAGCAUUGCCGCUACGUCGGACACGGCGCGCGAUGCACACGCCGCACAGGCAAGACAAGGCUCGCCACGAAGCGAAACUACAGCCCCCGCCAGGCUGGACGACGAGGACGAGGAGGAAGCCGUCGCAGCAUCAUCGCGUCCAGCUCGACUGGCUGCUGCAGUCCCGACCGUGUCGCUGGUGGCUGCAGGCUCGCUCGCGCCACCUCGACUCGUGCCAAUCAGACUCGACCUUGAAAUCGAAGGAAUCAAGCUGCAAGACGUGUUCACUUGGGAUCUCGGUGAAACGCAAACAACACCGCGACGCUUUGCUGAACUGCUCUGCGCCGAGCUUCGCUUGCCAACUCCCACCUUCGUCCCUGCCAUUGAAUCUGCGGUUCAGCAACAGCUCUUGGAAUUUGCUGCUCUACCAAUGCCUGAUGUCGGCGGAGACCAUCGCAUCAUGAUUAAGCUGAGCAUACACAUUGGCAGCAUUUCGCUACGAGACCAGUUCGAGUGGCAAACUAGCCCCUGGCUGAACGAUCCAGAGGCGUUCGCCGUCAAUUACUGCGCCGAGCUGGCUCUCGGUGGCGAGUUUAUUUCGGCUGUUGCCCACAGCAUUCGUGAACAAUUAGUCGGUCACGCUCGGUUGCUGAUGCACGGUGGCCAAAAAGGAGAUGCUGCGAUCGCCCAGGGUCUAGUGCCUCCAAUCAACGUUGUCUUCCGGCCAACAACACUGCUUAACGACUGGUCACCGCAAAUAGAAAUGCUAUCGGAAACAGAAAUGAUGCGAUUACGGCAGAAUACCGAGCGCGAAACGCGACGGAUACGACGUUUGCAGAAAAAGCCCACUUCGGGUCACGAAGCUCAGCAGCCUACAUUUUCCAGCACUCUGCCUCGCACACAGGCUGACAUUGACGCUUUUCGGGAGCCGGUCGACGAGGACACUGUCUUUACACGCAGUGGGCGCCUGACUGGCCCUUCUCGGAAUCGGGCCGGAUACACUGGGUUCCGAAGCAAGCGCGGUUGAGCAAAAGUGCUUGUUAACACUGUCAUGCUCCACCAUAGCGUGCCCACGACGAGCGUUACCGUUGUUGUUGGCAGGAACUGAAAAUUCCAUGCCGAACAACUCAAGGUCUCACAGUUACAAAUUCUACUUGUUGUGUUUCGCCUAUCAUUAGAGCACAUUGAGCAAUACACCAUUCCUCAUGAACACUC